AUGGUUGUUUCUCUCGGUCCCGGCAAGUUCUACGGCACAAGCCUCCCCCGUCCCCGCAUCUACGCCGACGUCAAGUUCAACGACCACCGUGUCGAUCCCCCCACUCCCGUCACCGACCCCCUCAUGUCUUGGGCCCAAGAGGCCCACUGGUCCAUGGGCGGUCUCAGCUUCAAGCGCCUCCGUCUUCAGGGCAAAAUCGAAGGCAAUGUCCAAAAACUCCGCUCCCAGCGCGAGAAGGUCCAGGCCCAAAGCCCAAAUUCGGCCCAUUCUAGCUUCGCCCCAUCCAAAAGAGCCUCCUCUCCUUCCCCACCACCGGCUCCGGUGGUGACCAAACGCCGUAAGUACAUGGAUCUUAUCGUAGACGAAGAGGAAGAGGAAGAAGAAUCGGAAGAGGUUGAGCCUCCCAGAACCCGUGUUCGGAAGAGCCGCUUAAUCAAGAAGCUUGGUGAUGAUUUCGAUAGGGUUGCACAGGAGAUCGAUGAAUCUGAUACAAUGCCGUUAAAGACUCUGACUCUGACUAGGAGAUUGGUCAAGAGUUCUGAAAAGAAGAUGGUGGUUGAAACAGCGGAGAAAUCAAAACCUAAUGGGAAGAAGAGUACCAGAGAAGCCGAGAAGAACCCUAGGGUUAGAACUUCUCCCAGAUUGGCUAAGCGCGUGUCAAAUUAG